UAUGAUGAAUGCAUGUUAAACGAUAACUUAUACAAAGACGUUUUUCACGCAUUUGAACAGAGUAGUCGUCAAUGUAAUAUGAGAGAAAACUGGUUGUAUUUGCUUCCUGUUCGUGUAAAUUAAAGAUUAAAAAAGAAGAAAUGUUGAAAGGAUUAUUUAUUUUAGCUGUUCUUAUUUUGUUAUUGUCAAUUCUUCAGACAUGCCACAGCUGUGCAAAUAGUAAACUUCUACCAGAGCUUCCCAAAAGAUCGAGGACAUACACGGCAGACGGUGUAAGGGGGAGUGACCCCUAUGUUGAUGACACAUUUUUGUCUCCAGAAUGGUACAAUGUGUCAUUUAAUGGUCAGCAAUAUCUUAUGCCCGAUGCAAACUAUAUGCCUUCAUUUAAAAAGUGUGGAACUGUACAGCCAAUUUAUCUUAGAGAUACACAUCCAGACAUAGAUACAUUAACCGAAGUACCACAAACAAUAAUCGCAUGUGAGUUGUACCCUCAUGAUGACUGUGAAAACACAAUUGAAAUCUUUAUAAGGAAAUGUGACAAUACAGUUCACUACUACUUGAGAAGAACAAGCUCUAAUGCGGCAUACUGUUUUGAUCCUCCGAAUUUGCAAAAUGUGAAUGUGACAGAUUCUUCUGCAGCACCAACUGAAUCUCUUGGAACAUUAACAGUAACACCGGAACUUCGAUUCAAUGAAGUGACUAACAGAGGUGUUGUUUCGUUGAUCCCAAGUCUUGCGUUCUUAUGUGCAGAAAGUGGAGGUGCCAACAUUGAGAACAGAGACUUGUUGUAUUACACAUACUGGUUCAUUGAUGGCGUGAUUUCUUAUACACAACAAAGCUAUAAUGGGAUUGGAAUACUGACUGAAGACAAUCUACGGUCAAUUGGAUUUAGUCUCGGCAUAAUGAUUAGAUGUGGUGUAAAACUGGCAAAAAACGAAACUGGCGUACAAACCAAGCUAUACAGCAGUGAAAAUUUCUUUGCUGGAAUUAAGGUUAACGAAGCAUCGAUAACCAUGUCUAAAAACGAAAUAAAGACAAUUAUGCUUCAACCGACUGUUCCAUAUGGAUGCUACAAAAUCAAAGACCAGCCCUCGCCAACUGCCGAAUGUGCUACGAAAGUACAUAUGUUUUUACCCGAACGAGAUAGGUGUUCGCUCUCUGAUACCAAUUUAGGAACACAAAACAUCAUAGCUAACCAAGAACGUUGUGGAUUUAAAAUAUUGGGAUGCUAUCCUGGCGAUCCUGAAUGUAGUGUAACUAAGCAGACUUCAGCUAUGAAUAUUACAACAAGAUUUCUUAGCUACGAUGACCCAAAAUCGUACGUACUUCGUCUUGUAGCACAAAACGCAAUGACUCACCAAAUCUGGAAAGGUUAUGUCAUCGAUGAUAUUGUGGUAAACAUUAAAGAUGAUACCGAUUUCCACAACAAAGUUUGUUUUUCACAUGUAAAUCCUCAUAUGUGUACGGCAGAUGGAAAACCAUAUGAAAACAACGACUUUGCUGGAGAGUUUAUUUUGUACAGAAAUACAGUAUAUAAUAUAGAGAUCCAGGAGAGAACAACUUCGUGUUUUUCUGUGAAUAGCAGACCUUUCUGUACUUGUGCAGUGGCAGUACGUGCUGGUGGGGAUGUUUUCUUGAUAAAUUUGUGUAACGAUCUAAAAUUUAUUGGCAUGACGGCAUGUAAAGAUAAUGGUGCUUUAGUCAUCCGAUUGCUGGACGAGUUCAAUUAUCAGGUGGAAACAAACAUAGGGACCCUUGUAAACAUACGCAUAAGACCUUAUCCUAGAUUUAUUGAGUUAAUGAACAUAGAUAUAGUUAUGGCGCCUAAGGACUAUGCAUCAACCGAAGGACUAUGUGGAACAUUUGACUCGAACAAACAAAAUGACUUUCAUGAUAGGGAUGGUACAGUUCUAUCCGAUCGUUUGCAGUUCAUAAAUUCCUGGAAAAUAGGUCCUGGAGACGCUAAUUACCUUAGUCCGACUUGCAAUUCUAACGUGAGAACUUGGGAGGAAGAUGGGGAACAACUUUUCUGUACAUGUGAUUGUUUUAGCGAAGACUUGUCGUCCUCCUGCAGCACACUUAAUCCUGAAGCUGUUUGUUCUCCUUCACAAUAUAUAAACUGUACUGUAGAUCUACAGAAAACAGACGAUCUGUGUAGUAAUUUUAGAGACAAAUGUUUAAGCGACAAACGGAAGAAAAGAUCUUUUACUAUCGAUCCGAAUUUAGAAAUGAAAAGACGAGCAACGUUAGCCAAUACAAGACAACAUACAAGACAAAAGAGACAGGCUAAUGAACAAGGCAAUAUAUCAAAAGAGCAAGCGAUAGAACUUUGUACCAAUUCUAUCAGUCAGUCUACUGCGUCUAAGAACUUUUCAAAUUUACUGACAGGAUACAAUGUAUCUCUUAUAACAGAGCAUUGUAUAUUUGACGUAUAUGAAAGUCAAGACAUUGGGUGGUCCGAAGCACAUGUUGAGGUAAUGAACGACGCCGUAGCUUUAGGAUUCAAAAGAAAUUCCAAUUUUACUGUAACUCAUAAGGAUAAGUUAAUGUCCUUCAAUAAACAGUCGUGUUCAUUCGGACGUAAUGGCAAAGAAAAUUGUACUGAAGAAGCUUUGUUAUGUUUUUCUCACUAAUGUACCUCGCGAAAA